AAGAUGCCUGGCCAGAAACUUAUCAGAAAGGGUUGAUAGACUUUCUUGGAUCCCACUCUGGUUCCGUUUGUGCGUCUGUGCUGUAGCGUCUGUUGCGUUGUGUUGUAGAAACAACACUCCUCAUCCGUGGACGUCUGCCAAGCCUUCAGUGAUAUAAUUGUUCUGCCCCAGAUCUCCCUUUCAGAUCAGAGGUCUGUCAUUUGUCAUGGGGUUUGUUAUCGCAGACCGUUUGGCUAAAUAAAGGGCCAAAGACGGCGUUUCAUUUGGAUGGUUUGUCCUGCAUCACCUUAAGUGAUUGCUCUGCUGAUAAGUGACAUUGACCGUGACACAGUGGGCUCUAAACGAUGGAACAAAUGAGCGUCUGUCUCUUUACACCUGUGAUUGAUGUGCUGCAUGAGUGAGUGGAAAGCAGCAGGGCUGCUCUGCUGCUGAAGCCCCGGCACAUAUCAGCUCGUGGCACUCGCUGCAUGGAAAUAGAUGGCAAAGGGGCUGGAGAGCGAGCGCAGCACAUUUCCUGCAUACCUCUCUCCUGCCUGUUCUCCCCGUCUUCUCCCUCCCACUUCGGAGCGGCUCCUCUCCUCUCUGCUGCUUUUCCUCCUCAAAGACAGGAGCCUCCGUGACCGGCCGUGGAGAACUGCUGUCCUCCCCCAUUAUCCCUUCAUUCAUGGUUUCCCUCCUUUUCUGAAGCGUUGAUUGGAUGUGGAUUCGUUGGCCACAGAUGUCCCUGCUCAGGUUCUCUGCUUGGAUGCCGUCUGCUGCACUUGGGACAGGGUGACGGGAGAAGAACUUAGCAAUCAUCACAGCUUUCUGGUUGAAUCUGCUCAUUUAGCUGCUGGGAGACCUGUCACCGAUGGAGGGGAGUUUGCUGUAAUGGAUGACUCAUUUCCACUCCUCGGUCAGCUGGAGGCAUGACAACCAUGUCCAUGGAGCCUGUGGGAGUCCUGGUGGAGAGAGCCACCAACGCCACCGCGCCGCCUUUGAGCUCGCUUGAGGACUCAGCUGCUACCUUCACCAUAGGAACCAUCCUCUCCAUCAUGUGCCUGGUUGGAGUUUCAGGGAACAUUUACACGCUGGUGGUCAUGUGCCACUCUAUGAGGGCUGCAGCCUCUAUGUACAUCUAUAUCAUAAACCUGGCUAUGGCAGACCUGCUGUAUCUCCUCACUAUCCCCUUCGUGGUCUGCACCCACUUUCUGAAGGGGUGGUACUUUGGGGAUGCCGGGUGUCGCAUACUCAUCAGCAUGGACUUCCUGACCAUGCAUGCUAGCAUAUUCACGCUGACAAUCAUGAGCACGGAACGCUACUUCGCAGUCCUCAAACCGCUUGAUACAGUCAAGAGGUCUAAAAGCUACAGGAAGGCCAUAGCUCUGCUGGUCUGGGCAGCCUCUCUGAUUCUCACCCUUCCAAUGAUCGUAAGCAUCCAGCUGAUGACAGUGGGCACCAAGGCCAUGUGCCACUCCACCUUAUCUCCACUCUCCUACAAAGUUUACAUCUCCUUCCUGUUUUGCACAAGCAUCGUGGCUCCGGGACUGAUCAUCGGUUUUCUCUACAUCCAGCUGGCACGCACCUACUGGAUUUCCCAAACAGAAACCUUCAAACAGACCAAGAAACUGCCCAACCAAAAGGUGCUCUACCUGAUCUUCACCAUUGUUCUACUCUUCUGGGCAUGCUUCCUGCCUUUCUGGAUCUGGCAACUUCUGGGACAGUUCUACCCCUCACUGCCCCUCUCCACCAAAGCCAAAUGCAACAUCAACUACCUGACCACCUGCCUGACCUACUCCAACAGCUGCAUCAACCCCUUUCUGUACACCCUGCUCACCAAGAACUACAAGGAGUACCUGAGGAAGCAUAAGCGCUCGUGGACGGCCGGAAACUACUUCAACCGUCGAAGCCGCUUUCAGCGUUCACCUCGCAGGUCGCCAUCCGCCAGCAGUCAGCAGUGUACUGAGAGCUUCAUGCUGACGCACACAGCCUCACUGCGAGCUCACAACAGCAGUCUAUAAGACGGGGCUGAGCCCAGGAAGGGGAUGGCACACAGGAAGGACGACGGGAACCUGCUGGGAACCUGCCGAAACGCAAGAAAACAACAACAAAAGUUUUCCUGCACCCGGCACCAUCAGGACAGAACAGCAGAAGUUCUGCAGAGCUGUUGAACUUCCUGUAGCAUAAAGAAGGAGCACAACGUGGGACUUGACACUGCAAAGCACUUGAUUCUCUCUCAUGUGUUCGUUUCCUUUAAUGUCACCGUGAGCCUGUUGCAUGUUAAAAAAAUCUACACGCAGCUGUAGAAAAUUGUCAAUAAAUGUGUGAAGAAAAGACAUCACUGAUGCAAAAUGUUAUCUUUUUGAGGGAAACUAGGUGGAAGGAUCAAAGAUCUUCAUUUUUGUUAAAAAGAUUAAGAUUUGCAAACUCCAGGUGAAAUCUGGCUUCACGCUGAACCACAGCUCCUAUGCAUGUUGCAGUAUUGUAGAUUUGUUCUUGUGUCACCGACUUGUUAAACCUUUUGUCGUUGGUUGCCAUAGAAACGGAACAUUUCCUCCCUUGGAAGUGAUGACACGCCUUCUGCCCAAACUGUUUUAUCAUAAGUUGGUCUGUAAGAAUUCAGCUCAAAACGGUUUUGGUUCCAGUUGUUUUACAAAGUUUUUAUUCUUUGUUUGUCCCACAGAAAUUAAAAAAAUAUCAUCUUUCA